ACAGGAGGAACGGUGCGAAGCGCGCCACCGGAGACAGGCAGCGCGGCGGACAGCCACGGCCGGGGCGCAGCCUUGCAACGGCCGCGGGCGCCAAAAUUGAAGCGUCGGUUGGUGGCGGUUGGUGCUGUCUGUGAGGAGCGGGGCCGGGCGGGCUGCUGGGGUAUUUACAACCAAGAGUCGUUUCUCCGUAUCCCUGGGAGGAGUACGCGGCCCGGUCGCUUGGGAAGAUGCACAUCAAGUCGAUCAUACUUGACGGGUUCAAGUCCUACGCGCAGAGGACGGAGAUCGACGGCUUCGACCCGCUGUUCAACGCCAUCACCGGCCUGAACGGCAGCGGCAAGUCGAACAUCUUGGACUCCAUCUGCUUCGUGCUGGGCAUCACCAACCUGACGCAGGUGCGAGCUGCCAACUUGCAGGAUCUUGUUUAUAAAAAUGGACAAGCAGGAGUUAGUAAAGCAACUGUGUCCAUUAUCUUUGACAAUACUGACAAGAAACGGAGCCCACUGGGAUUUGAAAGCUGUGAUGAGAUCACCAUCACCAGGCAGGUUGUCAUUGGAGGUAAAAAUAAGUAUCUCAUCAAUGGCUUGAAUGCUACCAACACUCGUGUACAGGACCUCUUCUGUUCUGUUGGACUCAAUGUCAAUAACCCUCACUUUCUCAUCAUGCAGGGACGAAUUACCAAAGUCCUAAAUAUGAAGCCACCAGAGAUUUUGUCAAUGGUUGAAGAAGCAGCUGGUACUAGGAUGUAUGAAUGCAAGAAAAUGGCUGUCCAGAAAACCAUAGAGAAGAAGGAAGCCAAACUGAAAGAAAUUCAAACGGUCUUAAAUGAAGAGAUCACUCCAAGUUUAGAGAAACUGAAAGAGCAACGAAUGUUCUAUCUAGAGUACCAAAACAUAGUGCGAGAAAUAGAGCAUUUCAGCCGCCUCUGCAUAGCCUAUCAGUUUGUUCUGGCUGAAGAGACAAAAGUACACACUGCUGAUACAUUAAAGGAAGCACAGACAAAGAUAGGAAAGAUUCAAGAAUCAUUGGCUGAGAAUGAGAAGAAGGCAAAGGAACUUCAGAAAGAAAUAGCAGAGUUGGAAGAGGAAAGGAACAAGGAAAUUGGUGAUGCGUUCCAGUCACUUGAAGCUACUCUUUCAGAACUUCAAAGACUUGAUGCUAAAGCAAGAAGUGCUCUUGAUCUCUUGAAGGAGAAUUUAAAAAAUGAAGAGAGUAAGCACAAAGAACUGGUAAAAUGCAUGCAGGAGGAUUCUAAAGCAUUCAUGUCAAAGCAGAAAGAAUUAAAGAAGAUACAGGAAGAACUAAAUGCUUUACAGGAAGAAAAUAAAAAAGACACAGAUGCUUUAGCUGCAGCCCAACAGAAUUUCAAUGCUGUGCAUGCUGGCAUGUCUAAGAACGGUGAUGGUGAAGAAGCUACUCUUGCAGACCAGAUGAUGACCUGCAAAAAUGAAAUUAGCAAAGCUGUAACAGAGGCUAAACAGGCCCAAAUGAAGUUAAAAUAUACACAGCAGGAAUUAAAGACAAAACAAGCGGAAGUUAAAAAGAUGGAUGGGAGCUACAAAAAAGACCAAGAAGCCUUUGAAGCUGUCAAAAAAGCAAAAGAAAAUCUAGAGAAUCAAAUGGAAAAACUAAGAUAUGAAGAUGCAAAACAAGGAGACCUUUUAGAAAAAAAGAAGCAACUGACUCAAGACAUCGCUCAGCUGAGACAGUUAUAUGACAGCUUAGUAGCAAAGUUUCCUCACCUACAUUUUGAAUACAAACAUCCAGAAAAGAAUUGGGAUUCAAGCCUUGUGAAGGGCCUUGUUGUAACUCUUUUCACCCUGAAAGAUGCAGCCACAGCAAAAGCCCUAGAAGUGGUGGGUGGAGGAAAACUCUAUCACAUUGUUGUGGAUACAGAGGCUACUGGCCAGAAGCUUUUAGAAAAGGGUCAGCUAAAGCAUCGAUACACCAUCAUUCCACUAAACAAAAUUUCAGCCAAGUGUAUUGCACAAGAAAUUGUUAAUCUGGCCAAAAGCUUGGUCAAACAUUCUGAUGAUGUGCAUUUAGCCAUUUCUUUAAUUGGGUAUGAUUGUGAACUACAGAAGGCAAUGGAAUAUGUCUUUGGAACAACGCUGGUCUGUAAAGGCUUGGAUAAUGCUAAGAAAGUGACUUUUGACAGAAGGAUAUUGAAAAGAAGUGUUACGCUUGAAGGAGAUGUAUUUGAUCCCCAGGGCACCCUUAGUGGAGGUGCAGGUACACAAACUGUACCAAUAUUGUCAAAAGUUCAAGAAAAGAGAGAAGCUGAAGUCAGUCUCAAAGAAAAGACGUCUGAACUUGCCGUUAUAGAGAAAGAGCUGGCGAGCUUACAUAAUGUUUCUGAAAAGUACCAGCAACUGAAGCAGGAGUGGGAGAUGAAGUCUGAAGAAGCAGAGCUACUGAAAAUGAAGCUUCAGCAAAAUGCUUAUCACAAGCAAGAGGAAGAGCUGCUUGCUCUGAAAAAAACCAUUGCGGAGUGUGAAGAGACAUUAAGGAAAACUGAAGAGAGUCAAAAGAAAGCAGAAGAACAAUACAAGGUAUUGGAGAAUAAAAUGAAAAAUGCAGAAGCAGAACGUGAAAAAGAACUAAAGAAUGUCCAGCAGAAGUUAGAUGACAGCAAGAAGAAGGCUGAUGAUUCAAGCAAAAAAACAAAAGAAAAGCAGCAGGAAGUUGAUGCAUUACUUCUGGAACUUGAAGAGCUAAAACGUGAAGAGGCCAACUUUAAGCAACAAAUUGAGGCUGCAGAGAAAACAAUCAAAUCCUACCAGGAGAAAGUUACCGCGACGGAAGCUGAGGCAUCCAAGUCCAAGGAAUCUGUAGAGAAAGCCCAGAAGGAGCUGGCCAAGCAGAAAGAAGUCAUUGAAGUACAGAAUAAAAAGAUUGAAGCCAAAUCUGCAGAGGCGGUAAAAUACAGAGAACAAACUAAUGAAUUGCAGCUUAAUGUUAAAACGUUAGAGCACAACAUGAGCAAGUAUCAACAAGAGGCUGCUGAUGCCACUACCAAGGUAAACAAAAUGUUGAAGGAGUAUGAGUGGAUAGCUUCCGAGAAACAUCUUUUUGGUCAGCCAAACACAUACUAUGACUUUAAAGCCAACAAUCCUAAAGAUGUAAGUCAGAAGGUGCAGAGACUUCAGGCAAAAAAACAGCAGCUGGAGAAGAACGUGAACAUGUCAUAUAUGAACAUGCUUUCUGAUGCAGAAGAAAAGUACAAUGACUUGAUGAAGAAAAAAAGAAUUGUAGAGAAUGAUAAGAAAAAAAUUAUUGCUACUAUUGAAGAGCUUGACCAGAAGAAAAAUGAAGCUUUACACAUUGCUUGGCAAAAGGUGAACAAAGACUUUGAUUCAAUUUUCUCAAUGCUUCUACCAGGAGCCAAAGCAAUGUUAGCAGUCCAUAAAACUGGAAAAGUCUUCAAUGGUAUGGAGUUCAAAGUUGCCUUAGGAAAUACGUGGAAGGAAAACUUGGUAGAACUUAGUGGAGGCCAAAGAUCCCUGGUGGCCUUGUCCUUCAUCUUAGCCAUGCUUCUUUUCAAACCUGCCCCAAUUUACAUCUUGGAUGAAGUGGAUGCAGCACUUGAUCUCUCUCAUACCCAGAAUAUUGGACAGAUGCUCAGUGCUCAUUUCCGUCACUCUCAGUUUAUUGUGGUGUCCUUGAAGGAUGGAAUGUUUAACAACGCCAAUGUCCUCUACAAGACCAAGUUUAUUGAUGGUGCAUCCACAGUUGCAAGAUACAGCCAGCAGCAGAACAAAAAUAAUGUAUCUAAAAACAAAGCCAAUAGGACUUAGAAAAAACAGAAGGUGAUGGAGGAAACUGAGUGACACAUCAGCUGCAGUAAUGGCUGCUCAGGCGUUGUGUGUCCCUGGUCUGCAGAAAGACCUAAAACAACUGCUUUCAACUUGCUAAUUUCAACAUUUUUGGCCUUGAUUCUUUUAAAAAUGUAUAUUUUUAGCUUAUAAGAAUUUUAAUUCACAGGACAACCACUGCCUGCAUUCUUAGCUAAGCUGCUUCUAAUUCUUCUGCUAUCCCAUUGACAAUUCUAGUCCUCACUCUUCAAGCAUGUACAAAUAAAUGCAUGUAUGUAGGAGCUUGCUUUGUGAGCUGAGGAAUGUUAUAAGUUAGACCACACAA